AUCAUCACUUAGCGACGGGCUGUCUGGAAACUCAGUGGUGGCGGGGAGGAGAAGGAGUCGGGCGAUCAGUUAACGGAGAGGGGAAGGCGUGGCUAAAAAGUAGGUAUCGCUUGUUACCGUAGCGGGACGAUGAAAAAUGGCCACUGCUAACAAGACUCCUCCUGGUGCAGAUCCAAAACAGCUGGAAAGGACAGGAACUGUUCGAGAAAUAGGUUCACAAGCUGUUUGGUCUCUUUCAUCUUGUAAACCAGGCUUUGGGGUGGAUCAGUUACGAGAUGAUAACCUAGAAACAUACUGGCAAUCUGAUGGAUCACAGCCUCAUUUGGUCAACAUCCAAUUCAGAAGAAAAACUACUGUGAAGACAUUAUGCAUUUAUGCAGAUUAUAAAUCUGAUGAAAGUUACACUCCAAGCAAAAUCUCUGUGAGAGUAGGGAACAAUUUUCACAAUCUUCAAGAAAUUCGGAAAAGAGGUGUCAAACUGGCGGCUCGUGGAUUGGAUGCAUCAUGUGCAGGCCACACCCACCCCAGCUCUGUGAAGCAACUUGAAUUAGUGGAGCCAAGUGGUUGGAUUCAUGUUCCCUUAACUGACACUCAUAAGAAACCUAUUCGCACAUUUAUGAUUCAGAUUGCAGUUUUAGCCAAUCAUCAGAAUGGAAGAGAUACACAUAUGCGACAAAUUAAGGUUUAUACACCAGUUGAAGAAAGUUCUAUUGGUAAAUUUCCUAGAUGUACAACAAUUGAUUUCAUGAUGUAUCGCUCAAUCAGGUAAAAAAUAUUUUUGUACUGUAAUUACCCCAAUUUUAAUUUAAUUUCAAAAUAAAGAUUUAAAAUCCA